GGUGUUCACGACGGCGGGUUCGCUGUAAAUGAUGGUUCCCUCGUUCGCUCCCUGUGUUUACCACGGAAUAUCGGAACAGAGUACCAAGGUGUUUUUUUGCCUAAGGUGUACACAAAGACAUUCUGAGGUGGCGUGCAGUUUCGGUGGCCGGAACAUCGAACGACUGUCUACCACCCAUUUCUGCGUUCAUGAUUGCUGCUUUGUGUAGCCGUCUGCUGGCAGAUACUUCCAUCAGCCUUCUGAGACUGUCCCAGCAUUUUCCUGUACAAUCUGUGUGUCGCCGAAACUUGUCGCACACGCUUUGCCCUUGUGACCGCGACGGCUCGCAGGAGGCGACGGGGGGGAUACGAGUGAGUUCACGUUCUGGGCUUUGUGUCAUUCCCCAGGGGAAUGCUCACUCAUUGAAAAUCGACUUCCUGCUUCCGAACCGCCGUUCAAAGUGCCUGGAGAAGUGUUUCAUGCGCUGCGUAUUUCAAGACUUGCUUUUCUUGCAGAGUGACUUGACACACACACACACAGCUCUAUGCUGCCCCGCGAAGUCGGCUGCUAUUCGGUGUAGUCAGGACGCAACGGAGGCGUUUUCUGAUUUAUUUUCCGCUGUUUCUAUCUGGAGGUCGACUGCCUUAGCGGGGAGGCAACGAAGAGAGGACUUUGACAGCGGCAUGCUGCGGAAAAGAAAGUGUCUACGCGCGCGAGGAACCGGAUCAGCGCAUCGGAGAGGCGUGGGCGUGGUGUCACCCUGGUUUCUCCGGUCUUUCUGUCGAUUCCGGACUUGUGUUGCCUGUUUUUCUUUCCUGUGAAUUUUUUUUUGCAGCAAAGGACUCGCUGUGUCGGCUGCGUGACCACUUUCCGUUCGGUUCUGUCGCUUUUUAGCGACUGGCUUUUCUCCAUGCAGUAGGGCUCUACAGCGGGACUUUUUCGCGUCCCUCGUCCCGCGUAGUGCAUGUACUGAAAAAAUGGAACUUCUGUGCCGCCCGCCGUCAAGCUGGGAUUCGAGCUGUGGAAGCCUUCGCAGCAGUUCUCUCCUUGUUCAGCAUUCGUGGUGAUUUUCUUCUCUUGUCGAUUUGUGUCUUGUCACGCUCUCGGAACAUAACCGUGGACGCAGUGUAUCGGCUACGAAAUCUUUUCCUCUCGCGCUGCGCGCGUCAUCCAGUCGUCUUUUCCUCCCCUUUCUUUCCUCAACACUCUACACCUUCUCUCCUCUCGAGAUCCUACUUAUACCUCUCCUUAAACCUUCUUUUUUCCUCACGUUAUCCCAACUCGACCCCGCCACGCGCCGCCUCUCGGGGCCCUCGCUGACCGCAAGGAAGCCGUUCCUGUCGUCCAACCUCUCGUUUUCUGACCGUCCACCUUCUCCUUUUCUGGUUGGUCUCUCUCCUUUGGCUGUUUAGUGUGCGUCGGAGAACAGCCGCUCUCUCCAGCGCCGACUACCUGGACCGUACUUCUGAAUGGUGACAAGGUUUUUGUCCAACCUCUCACUUCAAGAAAAGUUUCGAGGCGCUUCUUCUUAGUCGGCGCCUCUCUCUCUUUUCUGCAGACGAAAGGCCUCUGGCUUUCCACCUUUCCCCCGACUCGUGGAGGCCCCCGCGCAGCCGGCUUCCGAGUCCAGAGACUCUAGUCGUCUUCUCGCUCUCCUCACUGCGUCACGCCUUUUGUCUCCAGCGUUUUUGAGGGAAAAGUUCUGAAAAAACUCUGUCAAAAGUCUGCAUGCAGCGAAAAAGUACCACUCAGUAGCUCUGGCUGGACACGCUGCUUGAGCGCUUUCUCUCGCAGAAAUCAUGCGCGAACGGGGGAAAGACUCUUGCGUUCUCCAGCCACCUUUCAGAAAAAGUUCUCCUCUUUUGUUCCCCAGUUGUUUCCUUCGAAGAACGAGCGUCGUUUCGAGCUCCGAGUUUUUCUCUCAUCUGUCGUCCUUUUGUCUCGGGUCGGCGUAUUUCCACUCUCACUGUUCACUUGGGGAUCUCCCCCCCCCCCCCCAUUGCGGCAGACAGCCCUCCUCGGUUUUUUUGCUAGCAGAAGCUCGCAUCUCAGAGUUUCCCUCGCAGUCUUUUCUCCAUCAAUAUCUUUGAUUCUCAUCUCCCGGCGCCUCUUUCGCGCUCUUCGCCGCUUUUUUUUCUGUCUGCGCUUUCCGGUUCUCUGUUGCACCCUCUGCAGCUGUCUUCUUGUCGGCAGUCGGCGUUUCUCCACGCUCCCUUGCCGCUUCCUUUCUCCUUCGCCUUCUCAUCCGCCUGUUCUCGCCGCUGCUUCUUCGUUUUCUCCUCUAUUCUGUUGCUUCUUCCUCUAAGCUCCCGCGCUUUUGCCACGCCUCUCUCCGUCUUCGUUCAGGGAGUUUCCUGUCCUCUCUGUUUCUGAACUUGCUUGGUCUGCCUUUUUUUGAGUUCCUUUCGCUGCUCCCCUAGUCGGCGGCAGCGUCUGCGCUUCUCUUUUUCUCCUCGCCAUUGUUUGCCAGCGGCCCUUUUCUCUCCCUGGAACCGCCUCGCUGUUUCUCUUCUGCGCCGAUGCUGGCUCUGGUCUCCGCGACUCGCGCUUGUCGCCGGAGAGUGUGCGCGAGCCUUCUCGAGCCUUGAGAGUCGCGCACACAGCAGCAUGUCGUGGGAUGCUCACUCCUCGUUCUGCCAGACAGUUCCCUUGCGCUCGCGGUCAGGUUGGGAGAGUGCCGCUUCGCCUUCUGCGCUGACACACACUGCGUCGCGGGGCCUCGCCGCAGGACUUCGCCUGCCUUCGCUUCCAGAGCAACUCUCGCCUUUACCUGCCUCGCCUUUGCCUUCCUCACCUCUGCCUUCCUCAGUGUUGCCUUCUUCACCUCUGCCUUCCUCACCUCUGCCUUCCUCAGUGUUGCCUUCCUCACCUUUGUCCUCUUCACCGUUGCCAGUUUCUCCGUUGCGCGGUUCUCCUCCUCUCCAGGAGUCGCCGUCUCUCUCUGCGGCUUCGAGUGUCUCUGCCGCGCGCUCUGAGGUGUCUGUGGAGCCUCCGUUUGAGCCGCAGGUGGCGGCUCUGUCUCCGCACUCGCCGUCUCCACACGCGGUCUUCAGUCCUCUUUUGCCUUUUUCCUCUUCGCUUGUCUCCUCGCUCGCGUCGCCCGUGGACGCGCCGCCGCUGCUCGAGGCGCGGGAAGAAGAGCGAGAGCCGAGUCGGUGGACGUCCAGCCGAGAAGAGCGCGUGGACGAGGACGGCGGCGAGCUCGAGCGACGCGACGCGAGUGGAGACAGGGGCAAGAGGCGCUGCGUCUUUUCCGACCAAACUCGGAGCUGCGAAGGCCGCCUCGCCGCCACGCUCGGACCCUCCCGCAGAGACAGAAAAGGCGAGUGUCUCCACGCGCCCUGCGACCUGCCCGCGACUGCGCGGUUCGAACCAGCUGUCUUCUGCGGCAAGCGGGACUGCGUCGCGGCUCAUCCAGGCUGUGGAGAAGCGCCUUUUCUGUCGGGAGAAGAAACUGACCACCUCGGUCUUCGCCGCGGCCGCGCGAGUCCCCGCGCAUGCAGAGGAGACUCGAGGGCGGAGCUCGACGCGGUGCCGCGUUUCCCGUGGGCGUCUGUCUCUUCGUUUUCGCCUGCUCUGGGAGUUGGGGACUCGGGGAAAUCUAGCAGAGGAGCGAAGCGGAGAGACCGAGACACUCGCGACUCCGCGGGUCCGCAUCCAGACGAAGCAGGCCUCGACUUGCGCUCGCAGACUCUCGAGGAGAAGGGAGACGUGCCUCAGAGGCGCGAGCGAGACCGGCAGAGAGACUCGGCCGCGGUCUACGGGACUGGACGCGCUUUCGAAGAAGGCCUGCCGACCCUCGCGUCGGGCAAAGAAGAAAAGACAGAAAACGGGAGAGGGAGAAGAAGACGGCGCGCGCGCGCCCGCAGACGCGCAGGGCGUGUUCAGGUGUCUGGACGCCAGGGGGGACCCGAGGCGUCCCAGCAGCCGACAGACUUCUCCGCGAGCCUCGCGCCAGGUGACGAGAAGACGCGCGUUGGAGAGAAGCGGAAAACGCGACUGAAAUCCCGUGAAGCAUACGAACGGUCGCGAGUUCUUGGAGGUCUCGACAGUUCGGAACCUACAUCGCGAGGUCAAGGGAACGGUCGCGUCUUUCCUCCGUUUUAUGCGUUGUACGCGCCUCUUUCGUCUCCCUUGCCUUCGUACGUGUCUUCUUCCUCUUCAUCGGGUUUCUACUCUUCGUCGCGCGGUGUCUCUUGGACUCCACAGGCUCCAGUGGACGGCUUGGAGUCUCCCCUGAAUGCAAAUUUGUCUCGGUACUUUUCCUGUUCGUCUUCUUCCCGCUUGCCGUCUUCCUUCUUCAGCGGGACCCUUCCGUCUGCAUUUCUCGACGUCUCCUCGAUCCCGUCUCCCGGUUCGUACUUUUCUUCCUUCGUCUCUUCUCCGCUCUGCCCCAGCGCCGCCCCUCUUCUCGCCUUCCAGGCUCCUCCACCGCACGGCAGCCACGCCGGCUGCGCCGUUCCGUAUUCUUCGUCUCUCUAUCCUCCUUUUCUGAAGGCGAACUCGGCGAGUCCGGCGCUUCUGACUUCGCCUCUCUGUGCCGUUCCCGCCGCGGCCGCCCUCCCCGCUGUCUCUUCGGGGUGCCGAGACACCGGCCUCGGUUCCACAGCCUGUCUCCACCCUGGGGACUACUUGCGGCUCUGGAGGUAUCAUCUCUGGUGUCUCCGCCGGAACGCAGAGCGAAGACGCGCAAGCAGCGGGUCUCGCAGCAUCCGCUAUCCGCGCAGCCGGCGACGCUCCUCAUCAUCUCAAAGUUCUCUCCACUCGAAGACAGGCAGGGGUCGAGCGCCAGGCUGCGACGAAGAAGACCGCAAAAGGCGCAGUCCGAGGGAGGCGAGACAGCGAAAGUCGACAGGCUCCCCUGCUCCGCCGAGACGCAGCGCUUCACCACGAGAUCGAAGUCGCUCUUCGCGGGCGGAGAGCCGUCAAAGGAGAGAGAGAAAACGUGCCUCUCGUCGACGUGAAUCUUCCGAGGCGCAGAGCGCAGGCGACAGAGAGGCGCGCGCCGCUGAGGGGUAUUCGUGUGUAUCGACACCGCGUCCAGGCGAGUUUCCGAUUCCCGGUUCUGCGGCUUCGCGACUGGAGAGCGGGCAGACGCCGCUCGAGGCAAGCACGCAGGCGCCUCGCGUUCCCCCGGCAGAGAUCUGGACUGAAGGAGGCGAGGGAAAGAUGGGAGACUCCUCGUCUUCGCCUUCGCGGCGAUCUCACAGACGGAGGAAACACGAGUGGGGUGGCGAAGGCCGCAGAGAACGGACAGGGGGAAGUCGGAGAAGUCGAACGCGGUACAGAGGUCGAGAAGAAGGCAGGUCGAGUCGGAGGUCCGCGUCGGAGGCUGCGGACGGAAGGUGCCGGAGUGGAGAGGACCGUGCGAGAAAGAGGGAACCGGGUGUACAUACACCCGGGGCGACCUCUUCGGUGUACUGCGGCGGCGCCGCUGAAUCGCGCUUCGAGUCUCCGCACUCGACUCGCAGAGGGCUGCCGAGCGCCCAGCGAGAUGGACACCCCGCGCGCGAAGGCAGCGCAAAUGGCGCAGCGUCUCUGGUGUACAGACACCACAAACGGCGCGACGGCCGCGAAGAGAGCGAGGGGAAUCGGAGCCGAACGUUCAAUCGGAGCAAGCGUCGGUCGAGCGAGUUGCAGAAAGCCCCCGGUGGCAGAGACAGCAGACGCUCUCUGAACAAGUCGCGAAGACCCAGCGACGCUCGAGACAGAAGCCGAGGCAGAGAUGAAAAGACUCAGAACUCGCGCAACACACGCGGAGACGCAGGGUCUUCGCGGGGGACGCAGGACGCGCGGCGGCGCGAGCGACGGAAGGCGAGGCGGUCUCGUUCAGAGGCUGGGGAGUUUCUUCUCGCGUCCAGGCAGACGUCGCGGGAGAGAGCGAAGCGCAGAAAGGAGGAGCGGCGACGCAGCGACGACUCGCCUUUCUCGAGGAAGAGGCGCCGCGAGGAAAGGCCUGGCCGGCGCUCGGAUCUUCACGCGAGCGAAGCGCGAGAGAGGAAGAGCGACUUCUCCGGAGGUCGGCGCGAGGGCGGUCGUCGCGACGAGAGACGCGGGGGGGGGCGCAGCAAGAGGUCGCUCACGUCCUCGCGGUCGCGGCGUCAGAGACAGCGAAGGUCAGAGUCUGCGUACGAGGGGAGGCGCGAUCCGAGAGAGCCGAGAGAGCGAGAGCGGCGACGCCGCGAGGAGUCCAGUUGCAGGCGGUACGAGCCCCGCAGGCGCAGGUACGAAGAGGACUCGCGCUAUCCUUCGUGCUCGGCGCGAGGCGGCUUCCUUCCGUUCUUCUACCCCAGCCAGAGGUCUUCGCUGUUCCCGUCCGUGGUGCUGAAGCGGCAGCGGCCCGGCGAAAGCUUCAAGGAGAAGAGCUACCGUUACAGCGAGACGGCGUGGAGAGAAGGGAGGAGAGAGCGCGAGAAGAAACGCGAAACACGCGAUGAGCGAGGCACCCGAAGGCGGACUCGCACGCGCCGCAGAGACGUAGAGAGGAGACGCGCAAAGAAGAAGGAAAAGAAGGAAGACAAUGGAAAAGACGACAUCAUCCACUUCGACUGGAGACCGGGAAUGUGGCUGACCGACCGGUACCGAGUUCUCGACAAGAUGGGCGAAGGCACAUUCGGACGCGUCCUCCGGUGCGCAGACGUCCACACGCAGAGAGAUGUCGCAAUCAAGGUGGUGAGAGAUGUCUCUCGGUACACAUCGGCGGCGAAGAUCGAGGUUGACAUUCUGCGAGAGAUCAACGAACGAGACGCGGGCACCGUGUCAUCCGUCUCCCCCGCGUACUCUUCACACUGCGUGCGGCUUCACGACGCCUUCCUGUACAAAGGAAGGCAUAUGUGUCUCGUCUUUGAAAAACUCGGAAAGAGUCUCUACGACCUUCUCACGGACAACCACUACCAGGGCUUCUACUUAGAGGACAUCCGGACUGUCGCCAAGCAGUGUCUCAUCGCUCUAGCCUUCCUCAGAGUCUGCAGGCUCACUCACACGGACCUCAAGCCUGAAAACAUCCUCCUUCUGGACGACAUUCUCAUUCCAGUUUCGGCGCCUCGCCCGUCGAGCAGCUCGUCGAAGGGUCGCUAUUUGCGUCCGGCUCAAGUUGGAGUGAAAAUCAUUGAUUUCGGCAGUGCGACGUUCGAGGACGACUACCAUUCUUCGCUCAUCAACACUCGACAAUAUCGGGCGCCAGAGGUGAUUCUCGGACUGGGGUGGGACAUGUCGAGCGACGUCUGGUCGCUGGGCUGCAUUUUGAUGGAACUUUACACGGGAAAUCUCCUGUUCCGGACGCACGAGCAUCUGGAACAUCUUGCGAUGAUGGAAAAAAUCAUUGGACCGAUGCCGGCGAACAUGUUAGAGGCAGCUGUAUCGACAGAUGGGCGCAGAUAUCUCUCACCCGCUUCUCUCGGCUCUUCGGGGGGGUCUGUUACCGACGCGCCUUUCUCUGAGGAGGCUGGCGGAGAGCGAGAGAAAAGAGACAGGAGAGAAGAGAGAGAAGAAUCCUCGCGGCUGCGGCUGAACUGGCCUGAAGGCUCUUCGAGCACAAACAGUGAAGAACGCGUGCGAAAUUGUGUUCCUCUUCAGGCCCUCGUCCUGCCGCACCACCGAAUUUUUUCAGACUUUGUGGCCUCUUUACUGCAAAUCGACCCGCAAGCGCGACCGACACCUGGCGACGCAUUGAUGCAUCCUUUUUUCAGUGCGGAUCUGCUCGAGUAGCCAUCGCAGGAAAAGAAUCUUUCGCCGCUGGUCUCCGGCUUGUGCUUGUGGUUGAGCAACGAGGCCAGCGGGAGUGCGACGAAGAAGAGAACCGGGGAGACGCCUGCAGGGCACCCAGGGUGGCACUGCGGAGUCGUUCCCUCCUUUGUACGUCGAAGUGAUCUUUCUGCAGGAGUUUCAACUGACAUGCGAGAAACGUCUGUCUGCGCGUCUGUGUGUUUCUGACUCAUGUUAAACUUCGAUAUGCGGGGAGCGACAUGGGCAGACUGAAUGGAGUAGAGAACGCCCCGCCGACUGCUUCCUCAGCUCCUCUUCGCUUUCAGAGAUGAAACCGUUUGCGUCGACUGAGAGAACAUGCUUCUGGGGAAUCUCCGCGACUGCCGUUUUCGCUGCUGCAUUUCCUUUGAGUUUCAGUUGAACGCAGCAAACGCACUGCGACGCAGCGUGGGGAGAAGAGGAGACACUUGAUCUCAGCGAGACUCAGAAAAAGCAGAGAGUGGAGCAGGAGAGAACGGGAGAAAAGAAAAAGCAGUUUUCUGCGCGACGCGUCCGCUCGCAGUUACACGUCGACGAACGAGGGUCUUCGAAACUACGUCGAAAAAAGCCGCGAGAUCAACAGGAAGUCCGAAUGCAUGCAUCUAAAAUGUUAACUCGCGAAAUACAUCAACGUUUAAACCUGUAUGAGAAACCCUGUCUCAUACUAAAGACGAAUGCGUGAAAAAACCUUUUCUACCAUAAAUAGAAAAUCUGU